AUUAAAAUGGUAUUAAUUAUAAAGUUUUUAACUUUGUUUAAAAAUAUAAGAAGAUUAAAAAGCAAUAAUUUUUUACUCUUAAUUGCUUUGUUAAUAUAUUUUUAUUGUAAUGUUCAAGAGGUAUAUGCUUUUGAUGCAUUUAGUGGAUUAUCAGAUUCUAUAUUUAAUAAAUUUGAACAUUAUUUUGGUGUUCCAAAAUAUAGUCGAUCAAACAGUUAUUAUAAGUAUCAUAAUCAUCAACAUUCUAAAAGUACUUCUUCAAGUAAUUUUUCAAAAUCUCGAUUUAAAUCAUACUUUUUUGCAACCUCCUCAAAUAACAGUUCAUAUUUUUUAAUUAAUUUUCGACUCAAACAUUUUUAUUGUGGAGAGUUAUCAGAAAGAGACUCUGAAAUAUUUAAUUUAAAUCAAUUGUGUGAUGGUGAAGUAAAUUGUAACACAUUAGAAGGUGAUUUCAAUGAUGAAAAUUAUCCAUUUUGUAAAAAGAAAUAUCAAAAAUAUUGUAACUAUAAUGGAGUAUUUAUUUUUGAUCCAGAAAAUGUUAAAAAUUCAUUUUGUGUUUGUGACAUAGGGUGGAUGGGUAAUUAUUGUAAUAUAAAAGACGACAAAAAAUGCGGUGAAGAUAAAGUUAUUUGCCAUAAAAAUGCAGAAUGUAGAUCAAAAAAUGUUGGUGAUAGUAAUGAAGAAAUUUGUAAAUGUAAAAGUGGAUUUAUUGGAAAUGGAAUAGAUGAUUGUCAAGAUAUAAAUGAAUGUAAUGAAAAUGUUUGUGAUACUAAUAAUGAAUAUUGUAAAAAUUUAAACGGAGGAUAUUUAUGUUGUGGUAAUAAUCAAAUAAACAAAAGAUGUCGUUUUAUUUAUGGUGAGGUUUACUAUGAAAAUAACAUUCAUAUAGACCAAUCAGAAAAUAUUCAAAACAGCAAGAAAUCAGAAAUUAACAAGGAUAAUGGUUUUUCCAAUAUUGAAACUGACAAAUAUAAGUCAAAAGAUGAAUACAAACCACUAUCAGGCUCAAAUUAUAAUAGCAAAAAUGGAGGAGCAGUUAUUAUUGGAAAAGGAAAAAUUGAAGAGGAUAUAUUUGAAGUCGAGACAGAUUCGGAGAACUCAAAUCAUUUAAAAAAUAAACUUCCAUGUAAUUGUUCCAAAGUGACAGAAAAAGAAAAUCCUAAAAUUAUUUUAAAAUCAAAAUUCUUUGAUAUACUUAAUUCAAAUUUGAAUAAAACACAGCUAUUAAAUAAAUUUGAAUAUGAAGAAAUCAAUAAAAACAAAACUAAUUUGGAAACAAAUCACAACACAACGAAUGGGUCACUCCACCAAGAACUAGGUGAACGUUUUGAAUCCAAAAUUAUCCAUAAUAUUGUUAUUUUAAAUGGCUUACUACCUGAGUUAGAAGAUAAGGCUAACUUUAAAAGCGGCACUCAUGGUUUAGAUAUAUCUUUAAGAAACUCUAGUUUUAUAAAUAAAAAUGAUAAAAAAGUUGAAGAAAAGGAAAGUAAAACAAAUGAAGAAAACAAUAAAAAACUAACAGAGAAUCUUAACUCAUCUACCAUAUUUGGAGGUGAAGAAAGAAAAACAAAAAGACCAAAACAGAUAGCCAACGCUCCACCAGAAACACAACUUAUCAUAACAUCAAAAAGAAAAUUUGAAAAACAUUACAAGUCAAAGCAUCCUGAAGAAACAGAUAAAGUACUAAAAGAAAAUGUAAAGUUAAAUGAAACUUUGAAAGAACAUAAAAAAGUUAUUUUUGAAAGUAUUACAUCUAAAACUAAAAACAUUGAAAUUUCGACUUCUUUGCCAACGUUAAACAUUUUUACGUCAACAAAGACUUUUCCAGUGACAUAUUUAACAAAAGCAAUUACCUAUCCAGAUAACAAUAUGAAUAAAUCAAAAAGUAAAACUGACAUCGGAAGUGAAAUGGUAUUUACAACCAAAUAUAAUGAGAAUAAAAAAGAAGGUCAAAUCAAUUUUUUGAAUUUUGACACAACAACAGUUCAUUCUAAAAAUGAAAUAAUUAGUAAGGAAAAAAUUGAACCAAUUACACAAAUUAAUAAAGUAAUUAUUGAUGAAGAUGAUGGUACAUUAACUGAUAGUUAUGAAAAAAUGAUAAAUUAUCCUACAACAAAAAGUACGAAUAACCUAUUACCUAAAAAUAAACAAGAAUUUAAAGAAAACAUUACAACAACUUAUGAUUUAAAUGAAAAAGAAGUUAGUAAAACAACUAUUGUUUAUAAUACAGAAAGUAUAAUUCAAAAUAACAAUAAAAGUAAUAAUAAUAUAUUUGAUAAGUCAACCAAAAAUUCAGAAUUAGUGGAAUCAUCUCAUGAACCACAUAACACUUUAUCAACUAAAAAUACUGAUAUUUCUAGUAAUAGUUAUUACACUCAUUUGACAACAAAAAAUGAAAUCGACACCACAUAUAAUGGCAACACAAAUAAUAAUCUUGAAAUUAAAACAACUAUAAUAAGUAAUGAAACGCCAAGCACAAUAUUGCCAACAGAUGAAUCAAGAUUUUCGAAUUCAGAUAAGCAACAACAUUCUACAAAUUCGCCAUUGCAAUCUACUAUUACAACCAAUGGUGAAACAAGAAUUGAAACUUCAAGUUCAUCUAAAACUGAAAUUCAAAAUUUUUCAACAAAUAAACCAAAUAUCUCGACAAUAAAAAAUGAUUCACAAAAACAAACAACAAAAAUGUCUUCAAAUAAUUCAAAAAAAGUUGUUAAUGAGUCACAUUCGACUUUAACUACACUUGAGAUGGAUACACAUUUAACUGAAAAAUACGAAACCUCGCAAAUAUCUCAAGAUACAACACAAAAUAAUCCUUCUGAUACAACUCGAAAAAUCAUAGAGACAAAAACUUCCACAUCUUCACAAAAAAUAUAUGACGUCACAACACAAAAAGAAGAUGAUUAUGUAUCAGAAGACGGUUUAAAAAAUAAUUCACAUAACUAUCACAAAGGAACAUCAGAUGUAAAUGAAAAUGAGCGAACCACACCACAAAAAGAAGAAAUUGGCAAAAUGACUACAAAUAAUAUAAACCACAGUAAUAUGAUUAGCAAAAAAGAUCAAUCAACUACUAGUAGUGAUGCUCAAAAAACAAGUACAGAAGGAAGAUAUAAUUCAAAUGAAUACCAACUGAAUGAAACGACAACAAAAACUUUUGAAGAAAAUAGUCAAACAACAACUAUUAAAAAUAUCUUAAAAUUAGAAAAUGCUUCAAUAACAUAUUCAACAAAAAAUGAUGGUAAAACAGUUUCAAACAAUAUUAAUCCAACAACAAUAACUAAUGUUGACGAAACGACAGAACUAAAAUCAACAAAGCAAGAAUUGAUUACCAAUGAGAAUAAUGGUAAAAGUACUCCUUCAUACUCAUCAUCAUCUAGUAAUAAUUCAGCUUCAAAACAUAUUACACAAACAAAUAAACAAACUACAAUGUCGGAAGAUAAAAAAUUGUAUGAUAAAAAUUUAUCUACCACAACAUCAUCACCAUCAUUCACAACAAUAACAAUAGGAACUAAUUUUAAAAUCACAUCAAGUAAAUCUUUUUCUGUUAAUGAAAUAUUUACAGAAAAUACAAAAAUUGUUAGCAAUGUAAAUAUUCAAGAUAUUGAAAACCAUGAUUUAACCAAAUUAGUAAAAAAUAAUAUAACACAGACAAGCCAAAUUUCAUCAACUAUUAUACCAAAUAAUAAUGAGCAGUUCAUAGAAAAAAAUAAUACAAACACAGGAAUAACAGGUAAAGAAACAACAUUAGAAUCAGGAAAAUAUAAAUAUUCAACUAAACCAAUUAACGUUUUUGGUAAUUUUAGUACACCAAAGAUUAAUAGUUUAAAUUUGACCUUAGUUAGUCAAAAUUUUAAUAAAACAAAUAAAAUGAUAGAUAUUUAUGGAGAUGAUUCUAUAAUAUCCACCAAAUCUUACAAUAAUAUUAAUGAAAAAACUUUAGAAGUAGAAGAAAAGUUAAAUACAACGGUAAAUUUAUCACAUAGUACAAAAAGUUUAGUUGAUAAAACAUCAAAAAUUAAACAGUCACCUAAAAUUGAUAUAACAACUAUAAGUAGUAUACUAAAACAUGAUCAAAAUCAAACUGAUAAUGUAACCAAGAAUAUUUUAUUACAACAGACAACUACUGGCAUGCAAAAUCAACAAACAGUUAGUAGUGAUAAAUUUACACUACCAAUGUCAGAUAUUACUAAACAAAAUGGUAUACAAAAAACGAGUAAAGUAUUUGAUAAAUUAGCAACAUCUAAUUUAGAAAUUACAACAACUCCAACAAGUACCUCUGUAACAAUAAAUAAUAUAAAAGAAAAAGAAAUAACAAAAUCACAAAAAGAAGAUAACACUUUAAUUACAAAUGUACCAAUAUAUAGCAGUUCUAUUUCAAAUGUAAAAAUAAAAGACAUAAGUAUUGAAAAUAAAAAAGUGAAUGAAAUUGAAUAUAGUUCUUCACAAAGUCCAGAAGGAUUUUCUAAAAUUAACAAAGAAAUAACUUAUCCAAUUUUUGAAUCAACAACACUUUAUUCUAAUGCUGAUAACAAGCAUAUAAAUAAAGAAAGUGUAGGAAAAACUUUUACUGAAGUUAAUCAAUUAACUACAAAUAAAGAUUUAGAAAUAUUUUCAGAAAAAAAUAGCGCAGAUAAUUAUAAAACUAGUGGCAUUACGGAAAAUGAUAUGUUGAAAACAACAUCAUUCAUUGAAAAUUAUACAAAUAAAAUAAAUAGUAAUACAGAUAAAGAUGCCACAUUAAAAAAUAAUCUGAAACAUACCACAAUAAUUAUACCAGAAAUUACAGAAAACCAAAAUACUAAAGGAACACAAAAUAGCAAUUUACAAAAAUUAAAAAAUACAACGAUUCCAACAUAUUUAAAUGAAUCUGGAAAAAGUAAAACAACAGUAUCUAUAAACGACAAAACGUCAUCAUCACAAAUGUCAACAAAAAUAUCAACAAAUUUAGAGCAAAUCACUGAAAAAGACAACACAUUUUUAACAACGUUAGGAACACCAAAAUCUGAAGAAACAUUACCCACCAACAAUUUAGCAAAUAAAAUAGAAACAAAAACAAAAAAUAACGAUACAGAAGGUGACCAACUUACCACUAAACAGUAUUUAAAUAAAUUAAAAAAUGAAUCAACAAUAAUAACACAUGAUUUUGAAACAACAACUUGGUUUGAUGAAAACAGAAAUGAAAAUAUUUCAAAAAAUAGUAAGAUAGAAGCUUCAACAAAAGAUUAUAAAGAAGGAAAUUUAAAUACAAAGCCAUAUGUUGAAAACAAGACAAAAAUGUUCUCAGCAGAAAAAAAUGACAUUUCAAUAGAAUCUACAACAACAAUUCCAAAUGUUAUAAAUCAAAAAAACCAGCAAAUAUCAGAAAAUAUGAAAACCAAAACAACGAAUUCUGAUGGAAUAUAUACUAGUGAAAAUAUUACCUACAAUGAAACUACUAAAAAAUUUGAAAAUAAUGGAAAUAUUAUUAAUAAUCCAAAAGGAGUAUCUAAACAAAUUGAAAAUAAUGAAAAAUUAACUACAAUAUCAGGAUACAAAGGAACAUCUACUCUAACAGAUGAAUCUUUGAAAUUAUCCUCAGACAAGUAUAAUACAAUCAAAAAUAUUGAUACAACAACAUUUGCAUCUAAUGAUAACACCAAGUACGUAGAUGUUGACAAGACAACUACAAACAAAAUUCAGGAAAGUUCAAAAAGUAGUAACAAUUUUGAUACUACAACAAAAAAUUCUUUUGAAACUAAGAAUCCAUUAAAUGAAAAUAAUAAAAUAUCAACAAGUAGUAGUACAAAAAAUGGAGAGUUAGAAAAUACUACAAUAAAAUCAAUUUCUGAUAGUACUUCAUCAAUUGAAAAUAAUUCUGAUUUAAAUAAAACUUUACCAUCAACAAAAUCAACAAAUAAUAUUAUUAUUGAUGAUGGUGAUGAAAAUACUUCUGUAAAUAAAGAAGAAACAAUUUACAUCAAUAAUAAUAUUCCAACAAAAUCUUCUACUGUUGUUGAUACCAGUAAACAGGUGACGCUAGAAAAUUAUAAAAAUAAAAACUUAACACAAAAUGAAAAUUUAAAUAUAACAACAGUUGAAAAUACAAAUUCUGAAAAAAAUUUAGAUAUAUUAACAUCAACUGCAUCAACUAAAUUGCAUAAUUUAAAUCCAUCAGAAUUGUCUACAGACAAAGAAUCAUCAAAUCAAAGUUCUCCAACAACAACACAAGCAGGAUUGAUAGAUCUAAAAACAACAUCAAGCAUAUCUAAAUCUACAAAUGUUUUGAAGAAUAAUACUACUGAAAAUAAUGGUUCCACACAAUCAGAAAUAACCAUGUCGACAAAAGUGGAGUCUUCUACAAGUAUUGAAAAUACUUAUAUUUCUGAUAAAAAUAAAGAAGAUUAUUCAACAACAAAUACACUCACAACACUUGGCAGUGAUACGCCAUUAAAAUUAUUAACAAGUACUUUUGUUUCUAAAGGAAAUAAUGAUAAAUCAUUGAAAAAUAAUGAGUCAUUUGUAACACAUCCAAGUACAAAAAAAACAGAAGAUAUAAAUACCAAUUUACCAGAUAUUUAUGAUAAUAAAAACUUUACUUCAAAAUAUUUGAAUCCUGAGUCAGAAAAAAUUGACCAUACUAACAAUGUUAAUGGUACAAUAAGAAAAGAACUUGAAACUUCUUCUAAACCACAAAAUUUAAAUAAUAUUUCUAGCACAAAACACGUUCAAGAAACCAAACAAAAUGUAUCAGUUACAUCAGAAAUUCAGCUUACUGAAGCAACUUUGUCUUUUCCAACAGAUUCAACAAAAGGAUUUAACAUCAACAGCAAUUAUACAAAAAAUUCAGAUGAAACAGAGAUAUCUUCAAUGUCCACAACAUCAUUUGUUACUAAAAAUAAUAAAGAAAUUGGAACAAAUGAUUAUAAAAUUAAUGAAGACCAUACAACACCUAAAAAUAAAAAUGAUAUUAAUAAAAAUAAGGAAUCAUCUGUUGAUGUAAAUAAAUAUACAAGUUACAAAACGACAAAUACAUAUGAAAAUAAUAUUUCUAAUACUACCAAAAUUAGUAGCAAACAAAGCACAUCAAAAGAAAUUAAUAAUCAAAUAACUGAAAAUUAUGUAAAUUCAGAAGUUACUAAACAACCAAAUGAAUAUAAAACAAUAAUCCCAAUAACGGAUAGUCAAACAAAUUCACAGUCAACUAAAUUAGGAGUUUUAAAUAAAGAAGCUAAUAAUAAUACUACAAACAAAAAUUUCCAAAAUAAAGAAACACCUUAUUAUACAUCAACUGAAACUAUUCCAGAUGGUUCAACAAAAAAAACAGUCAAUGACAAUAAAUAUUCAACAAAAAAAUCUGAUGAAAUCAUAAAUUCUAGCUUUGAAUCAACAACAACAAAAAAAUUGACAAAGCAAAACACAUUUGAAGGAAUAGAUAAAACUUCAACUACUGUUAAAGAAUUCGGCAUAGAAGACAACAAAUCAGAAAGUAAAUUAACAACAACAAAGAAAAAUAAUGAAAAUGAUUCAACAUCUGAAUCACCAUAUAAAUCAUCUAAUGAAAAUACUUCAAAUCAAAAUAAAACGAAUUCUCUUGGAAGUAAAGAAAUGAAUCCUGAUGAAACGACCAAAACAAUUACUACAACAAAUACUCAAGUUUAUUCUAAAGGAAAUUCAGGAAAAAAUAAUAUAUCUGUUACAAAUAUGAGUAAAGAAACAACAAAAGUCGACAAUAAUUCAGAGAUAAUUGAUUACAAAACAACAGAAUCCUCUCCAACAACAAAUGAUGACAUAAAAUAUUUUACAGAAGAUAUAAAUGAAAAUGUUAAGACAGAAGUAGAAUCAACAACAAGUACAAUGACAAGAAAAAAUGACAACAAUAACAAACCUAUAGAUUCUACAACUAUUGGAAAAAUUAAUUUAGAAGAAAAGACAACAAGAAUAGAUAAUAAUUUUGAAGAAACACCAUCGCCUGGAUCAUCCAAAAGUUCUAUUGACAAAGGAACCACAAAUAACUUUGGCACUGAUUCUCCAAAUAAAAAAUAUCAAAGUAGUAAUGAAAUCACCGAGCAAAUCACAAGCACAAAUUCUCAGUUUGUUACAAAAAAAAAUCAAGAAGAAAAUAGUUCAAAUACUGUUAACACUAAAAAUCAAAAAACUGAUUCUUAUAAAAACUCAGAAGUAACAGGACAACCAAAUGAAAAAGAAACAAAGAAUUUAAAUAAGGAUAAUCAAAUUAAUCUUCAAUCAACAACAACUUUAGAUUUAAAUAAAAACUUAGAGAAUAGUACUACCAUUGAGAAUAACCAAAAUACAAAAACCACAUAUUAUACAUCAACAGAAAUCACUCCAAUAAUUACAAGUAAAACUAUACUUAAAAAUGAAAAAGAUUUUACAAGUAAAACUGAAGAAAAUACAAUAUCUGAAAAAAUAUUAACAACAAUGAAUACAUUAGAAGAAAUAAAAACUAAAGAAAGUACAAAUCCUAAAAAAAUGUUAACAACAAAGAAUGUAUUAGAAGGAAAAAAAGCUGAAGAAAAUACAAUAUCCAAAAAAAUGUUAACAACAGUGAAUGUAUUAGAAGAAAAAAAUUCUAAAGAAAAUACAAUAUCUGAAAAAAUGUUAACAACAAUGAAUACAUUAGAAGGAAUAAAAACUCAAGAAAAUACAAUAUCUGAAAAUAUGUUAACAACAAAGAAUGUAUUAGAAGGAAAAAAAACUGAAGAAAGUAUAAAAUCUGAAAAAAUGUUAACAACAGUGAAUACAUUAGAAGGAACAAAGAGUGAUGAAAGUAAAAAUAAAACUUUAACCACAACUGAAAAUAAUAUUUUGAUAAAUAAUAAAUCAACUGGUCAAUAUACUUCAAAUGAUGGCAAGACCACUUCACCAGAAAGACAUGAUGUAAAUUAUCAUGGAAGUACAAAAUCAAUAAGUGAGAUGAAUUCUCAAAAUACUGUUGAAAAUGAUAAAAAAAUUACUGACAGUUAUGGAAAAACAGAAGUUACAAAAUCACAAGAUAAAAAUGGAAUAAAAGAUUUAGUCACAGAAGAUCUGAUUAAUAUUAAAUCAACAAAAUCUUCUAGUGAUUUAAAUAAGGAACCAAUAAAUAAUUACGCAACUAAAAAUUUCAAAAAUACAGAAACAACUUAUGAUAAAAAAAAUGAAUCGCCCACAAUGAUUACAACGAAAAAUGAAAAUGAAAAAUAUUCUACAGAAGGUACAAAAGAUAACACAAAUUUAAAUAUAGAAUCAACAACAAUAAACAUAAAGAAAGAAAAAAUUGAUGAAGAAGAUAAAAUUAAUACUUCAACAACAAGUGAAAAUACUAAUCUUAAAUUAAAUUCCUCAUCAAUUAUGCCAACAAUAACUACUACGAAAAAUGUUAAAAUAAAUUCAUCAUCUGAAUUACCUAAUCAUUUAACUGGAAAAGAUAUUUCAAGUAAUGGUAAAACAAAUUCUUUUUCAACAGAAGAUUUGGAAACUACUAUAACAACAAUAUCAAUAAAUGAUAAUACAAAAAAAAUCAUUUCGCCUGGUAGCAAAACAGAAGAUUCAACCAAAAACUAUAAAGAAGAAAAUUUAAAAUCAAAACCUUCUACUGAUAUUAAUACAAAAACAGAAGUAACCAAAAAUAGUGAAUCACUAAAUCCACAAACAUUUUCAUUAGAUACAACAACAAAAAUAUUUAAUGAAAAUGAUAGACAAACACUAGAAAAUAUAAAAAAUAAAGUAACAGAUUCUGAUGGAAUAUAUACUAGUGAAAAUAUUACCUACAAUGAGAUUACCAAAAAAUUUAAAAACAAUGGAAGUAAUAUUAGUAAUCCAAUGGGAAUAUCUAAACAAAAUGAAAAUAAUGAAAAAUCGACUACAUUAUCAGGGUACAAAGGAACAUCUACUCCAACAGAUGAAUCUUUGAAAUUAUCCUCAGACAAGUAUAAUACAAUCAAAAAUAUUGAUACAACAACAUUUUCAUCUAACGAUAACACCAAAUACGUAGAUGUUGACAAGACAACUACAAAUAAAAUUCAGGAAAGUUCAAAAAAUAGUAACAAUUUUGUUACUACAACAAAAAAUUCUCUUGAAACUAAGAAUCCAUUAGAUGAAAAUAAUAAAAUAUCAACAAGCAGUAGUAAAAAAAAUGGAGAGUUAGACAAUACUACAAUAAAAUUAAUUUCUGAUAGUACUUCAUCAAUUGAAAAUAAUUCUGAUUUAAAUAAAACUUUACCAUCAACAAAAUCAACAAAUAAUAUUAUUAUUGAUGAUGGUGAUGAAAAUACUUCUGUCAAUAAAGAAGAAACAGUUUACAUAAAUAAUAAUAUUCCAACAAAAUCUUCUACUGUUGUUGAUACCGGUAAACAGGUGACUCUAGAAAAUUCUAAAAAUAAAAACUUAACACAAAAUGAAAAUUUAAAUAUAACAACAGUUGAAAAUACAAAUUCUGAAAAAAAUUUAGAUAUAUUAACAUCAACUGCAUCAACUAAAUUGCAUAAUUCAAAUCCAUCAGAAUUAUCUACAGAGAAAUCAUUUUCUAGUAAAAAUUAUAAUAUAGUUUCACUUAGUAUUAAUCAAAACAUUAAUCAACCAGUAACUGAAUCAUCUACUAUUUUUGACAAUGAAAAUAUUAAAUCAGUAACAAGUAUUGACAAGUUAUAUUCAAAAAAUAUUUUAUCUUCUACAUAUAAUGAGAAAAACUAUGUUACAGAUAAAACUACCACUUCUGUCACAGAUGUCGAUUCAUCAAAUAUUCCAAUAAUUUCAACCAAAAAACCGUUUAGUAAUUCUGAAAUUAAUAAUACUUUAGAAAAUACUAAAGAUAUCAAUCAUAAAUUUUCAACUUUAUCUUCCAGAACAGAAAUGAUAAUUGAUAAAAAUGAUAAAAAUACUUAUACUACUAGUAUUAUAUCUAAUUUUACAAGAAUCACUGAUGUUCCCGAUGAUUUAACAAGUAUGAAUAAUUUAAAGACUAACGAAAAAGAAAAUUACAAUAAUUUAAAAGAUGGAAUUUCUACCACAAAAUCAACUAAUCCACUUGAAAAUGAUAAUGGUGAGAAAGAUGUAUUAAAUACAAAAAAAGAAGUUAACUACAUAGUUACUGAAUCACCAACUAAUUUGAUUAAUUCCAAUUUUACUUCAAGUACGGAAAAAUCAAAUGAAACAGGAAGUGGUCAUCAAACCGCAACAAAUACUCCAGAAAUAAAAUCAGAUAUGUAUUUGACAUCUUCUUCAACUAUUGCUAAUAAAGAAGAAAAUACAAAUAAUCAAAUUUAUAAUAAAACAGAAAUUACAAAAAGUCAAGAAUCAUCUAACAAACAGACAACUUCUUUUUCUAAUGUUUCUGAGAAUGGUUCAACCAAAAACAUACCAAAUGUAGAAUCAAAAACAAAUUUGUCAAAAGAAAGUACUCCAGUAUUUGAAAAUCUCUCAACACAUACUACUCAAUCACACAUAGAUGAUAAUAAAACAAAAAACAUUAAAACAACAAGUAUGACAAAAGUUUCAAAUGAUAUUUCUUCAACACCUUCUAAUCUUCAAAAUGUUAAUAAAGUUUCAAGACCAUCAAAUGUAGAUGAACAUAAUAACAAUAAAGAAGAAAUAGACAAAAAUAAAACAUUAGAUGAUCUUUUCAAUUAUUUAACAACAUCUAAAUUUGAAAAAACUUCUAUUAAUCCAACAUCAACUGAUGUUGAAACUAAUUUUUCUACGACUUUGUCAAAUAACGAAAAUGUUUAUGUAACAACUUCCGAUGGUUUACACCAAGUUGAAACUCAUCAUACUACAGAAAAAUUAAAUAACUCUAGAUCAAGCCAUAUAACAACAGAGAAUUUUAAAGAUACAAAUAUAGUAACAACGCGAAGCAUUCCUCAAUUAUUGUUAAAUGGUACAGUUACCACAAGUAAACAAAAAUUUUCUGAAACAUUAAAUAAUACAAAAAUUGUAAACGAUUUACAUUACAAGACUAUUACUCAAAAUCCAUUAAAUGUGACGGCUUUUACAAAUUCUGGAAAAUACAUUGAUAAUACAUUAGACAAUACGCUAAUAACUUCUACAAUUAAACAACUUUCUAGUAAUGAAUUAUUAAAAGAGGGAAACAAGUAUUCAUCUAAACAACCAACAACUUCUUUAACAUCAAUAAAUAUUUUUGAAAAUAAAAAUAUUAAUAAAUUAACAAAAUUUGCAUCAUUGUCAACUUCACCAUACAUCAACAAUCCAACAACAAAAAGUACCAACUUGAAAGUUUUGGAAACAACCAUUAACGAACAAAAAAAAGAAUAUGAAAAUAAUAAAGAAGGUGAUACAUUUUCAACAAAGACAAUAGAUCAACACGAAUCAACUACUUUGCUUUUUGGUAGUUCUUCAAAAUCUUUGCCACAUUUACAAAAUGGAAUAAAAGAUUUAAAAAGUUUAGAAGGAAAAAGCACUUUAAUUCAUCAAACAAUAACUACUGGUAAAAGUAAAAAUAAUUCUGUCAACACUUUGAGCUCAUUAAAUUUAAAUUCAAAACAAACGACACACUUAUUACCAACGCAUAUAUUUGAGACGGUUACCAUUGGAUCUGAAACACAAACUUCAAAUGACCAUAGUAAUGGAUUCUUUAAAACAACAAAUGCGUCAACAACACAUCACAUUUAUGACACUAAUAAAUCACCUGGUAUUGAAAAAGAAGCAUUGUAUAAAUCAGAAACAACCAUAUCUAGAAAUUCUAAAGAAAUAAAUGAAAUUACAACUGCACAAACAAACGGAGAUUCAGAUAAUUAUAGUAAAAUUACAGAAUAUCCUACAUGGUCUGACAAUAAAUUAACUCAUUCAUCAAAAGUUGAUCAAAUAAACAACAACAAUGAAAUAAAAACAACUGAAGAAUUUUAUACAAAAUCAACAAAAAAAAAUAUUCCUGAAAACUUAACAACUAAUAUGAUCACUAAUACUGUAGAAUCAAGUUCUCAAUUAAAUCAUAAUUACAAUGGAAUAAAUUUUACAUCAAAAAUAACAGAAAAUACACAGCAACCAAAUAGUGAAAUUUCAACAAUAUCAAACUCAAAAACAAACAUAAAUGAAUUUAAAUCUACUACUACGAAUGUUUAUAAAAGUAGUGAAGAACAUAAAAAAAUAUCAACUUUUGGUAUAGAAACAACACCAAGUAUUAGAUAUACACAAGUAUCAAAUAAUGUUACACUUGAAAACAACAGUGAAAAUAAAAUAUCAACAACGAAAUUGCCUUUAAUUACAGACCAAACGAUAAAAGAAGAAUCAGAUAAAAAUAUAACGUUAAAUUCAAGUAGAAAUAUUUAUCCUUCUACUUUAAUUCCUAGUAAUUUGAAUACAAUAGAAUUGCCGUCGGUGAAUAAAAAUUUAAAUUUGACUAACAAAGAAAAUACUACUUCAACAGAAAAAUUAGUUUCAACAACUAAAAAAGAUAUCACAAAUACAGUUUCGACAAAUAAAAUUAAUGUUAAUACAGUAAAAAAUACAAUUCAGACCAAGAAUGAAAGUACUGAUAUCAAUGAUAAAAUAACAUUUACUACAGAAAUCAAUGUGACACCUAAUUCAAACAUCCCUGAAAAUAAAAAUAAUGACAAGAACUAUUUUAACUCAUCAACAACUGAUUCAAGUGUAAAAAUAACUACAAAAAUGGAAAACAUUUUAACAAGUACAGUUAUUGAUGAAAAUUACACAGUUAAUGGUUUAACAACAGAAAGUAAUAAAACAGAUUCAAGUAAUUAUGCAAAUUUUACAAAAAAUAUAGUUGAUAAAAAAUACAACUUUACAACCGAUAAAAGUAAUCCAGCAACAAAAAAUAUUCCUGAUAAUUUUGCUAACAAUAUAAAAAAUAAUACAAUAACAUCAACCACAAAUUUGACGACAAUAAAAAAUGAAGAAGAUACAUUGACAACAAAAACAGUAAAUACAAAUAAUUUGUUAAGUGAAAAAAAUUUACCAAAUUUGAAUACAAAUCCACCAAAUUUAAAUGAAAAAUUACUAAAUUAUACAGUGCAUAUAAAGGAUGAAAAUAACAAUAAAUCAUUAGUUAUUGAAAAAAUUCCAAAUGUUGGAUUUAAUCAAAGUUCAAUUACAUCUAAUUUCAAGUUCACAAGAGCACCAGUAGAAAGUACUGAAGAAAAUUUUUCUACAAAUGGAAACGAAAAAACAGGUAAAAAUUUUAAUAUUAAUUUGACCUCUACAGAACCUUCAAAUUAUUACAAAGUAACAGACAACAAUUAUUCAAAAAUUGAUAAUUACAAUACAAUUAGACCAAUAAAAUACCAAGAUAACAGUAGUUUAGAAACACCAAUACAAAACACUACUGAUAUAUUACAGAUGACAACAACUAAUUUCAAAACAACUGAUAUUAAAUUAGAAAACUUUUCAAAUAAAGGAGAUGAAUCCCUAUCAAGGAGCACACAAAAAAAUAAUGUAACGAAUGAUAAGAUAACUCAAUCAACUGAUUUACCAAAUAAUAAUAUUAGCGGUCGUACAAAAGAGGAUAACAUCAAAAAUCAAAAUCUCGGUACAGCAACACACUUUACAAAAGAAUAUACUACAACAACUUCAAAAGAUACUAUAUCAAGAAACACAAUCAGAGAAAGUACACUUGAUGAAAAAUCAACUAAAAAAGAUGAUAAUUUAGAAAAAAAUACUCAACAGACAACACUAUUUCCUAAUAAAGAUGAUGAAAAACAAUUGAAAGUAGGUUUCGAAAAAGAAACAAAACAUACAAUAAAAUCAGAGGAAUAUGGAAAUAAAAAUUCAGAAACAAGUAUUCAAACAAAUUUACAAUCUACGAAAUCAACAUACUUUUCAGAAGAAAAAAUAAACAAUGUAGCAACCAACGAUCCGAAAAAUAUAGAACAAACUGAACAUAAAUCAACAGAAACAAUUCCUUUUGCUACAACAAAUAUACCAGAGACAAGUGAAAAGUAUAGAACAACAAAAAGAAGAGAAAAAAUAUAUUCUGAAAUAGGAUUAACAACAACAAAAAAAUUAACAGAGCAAAACACAUUUGAAGGAAUAGAUAAAACUUCAACUACUGUUAAAGAAUUCAGCAUAGAAGACAACAAAUCAGAAAGUAAAUUAACAACAACAAAGAAAAAUAAUGAAAAUGAUUCAACAUCUGAAUCACCAUAUAAAUCAUCUAAUGAAAAUACUUCAAAUCAAAAUAAAACGAAUUCUCUUGGAAGUAAAGAAAUGAAUCCUGAUGAAACGACCAAAACAAUUACCACAACAAAUACUCAAGUUUAUUCUAAAGGAUAUUCAGAAAAAGAUAAUAUAUCUGUUACAAAUAUGAGUAAAGAAACAACUAAAGUCGACAAUAAUUCAGAGGUGACUUAUUAUAAAACAACAGAAUCCUCUCCAACAACAAGUGAUAGUACAAAUUAUUUCACAGGAGAUAAAAAUGAAAAUGUUAAAACUGAAGUAGAAUCAACAACAAGUACCAUGACAAGAAAAAAUGACAACAAUAACAAACCUAUAAAUUCUACAACUAUUGGAAAAAUUAAUUUGGAAGAAAAAUCAACAAGAAUAGAUAAUAAUUUUGAAGAAACACCAUCUCCUGGAUCAUCCAAAAGUUCUAUUGACAAAGGAACCACAAAUAAAUUUGGCACUGAUUCUCCAGAUGAAAAAUACCAAAGUAGUAAUGGAAUUACCGAACAAAUUUCAAGCACAAAUUCUCAGUUUAUUACUAAAGAAAAAAAUUCAAAUACUGUUAACACUCAAAAUCAAAAAACUGAUUCUUAUGGAAAGUCAGAAGUAACAGGACAACCAAAUAAAAAAGAAACAAAGAAUUUAAAUAAGGAUAAUCAAAUUAAUCUUCAAUCAACAACAACUUUAGAUUUAAAUAAAAACUUGGAGAAUAGCACUACUAUUGAGAAUAACCAAAAUACAAAAACUACAUAUUAUACAUCAACAGAAAUCACUCCAAUAAUUACAAGUAAAACUAUACUUAAAAAUGAAAUAAAUUUUACAAGUAAAACUGAAGAAAGUACAAAUUCUGAAAAAAUGUUAACAACAGUUAAUACAUUAGAAGGAAUAAAAACUGAAGAAAGUAAAAACUCUGAGAAGAUGUUAACAACAAUGAAUAUAUCAGAAGGAAAAAAAACUGAAAAAAAUACAAACUCUGAAAAAAUGUUAACAACAGUAAAUGUAUUCGAAGGAACAAAAACUGAAGAAAGUAUAAAAUCUGAAAAAAUGUUAACAACAGUGAAUACAUUAGAAGGAACAAAGAAUGAUGAAAGUAAGAAUAAAACUUUAACCACAACUGAAAAUAAUAUUUUGAUAAAUAAUAUUUCAACAGGUCAAUAUACUUCAAAUGAUGGCAAGACCACUUCACCAGAAAGACAAGAUGUAAAUUAUCAUGGAAGUACAAAAUCAAUAAGUGAGAUGAAUUCUCAAAAUACUGUUGAAAAUGAUAAAAAAAUUACUGACAGUUAUGGAAAAACAGAAGUUACAAAUUCACAAGAUAAAAAUGGAAUAAAAGAUUUAGUCACAGAAGAUCUGAUUUAUAUUAAAUCAACAAAAUCUUCUAGUGAUUUAAAUAAGGAACUAAUAAAUAAUUACGCGACUACAAAUUUCAAAAAUAGAGAAACAACUUAUGAUAAAAAAAAUGAAUCGCACACAAUAAUUACAACGAAAAAUGAAAACGUGAUAUAUUCUACAGAAGGUACAAAAGAUAACACAAAUUUAAAAAUAGAAUCAACAACAAUAAACAUAAAGAAAGAAAAAAUAGAUAAAGAAAAUAUGGUUAAUGUUCCAACAACGAUUGGAAAUUCUAAUUUGAAUCUAAAUAUCUCAUCAAUUAUGCCAACAAUAACUACUACGAAAAAUGUUUUAAUAAAUUCAUCAUCUGAAUUACCUAAUCAUUUAACUGGGAAAGAUAUUUCAAGUAAUGGUAAAACAAAUUCUAUUUUAACGGAAGAUUUAGAAACUACUAUAACAACAAUAUCAAUAAAUAAUAAUACAAAAAAAAUCAUUUCGCCUGGUAGCAAAACAGUAGAUUCAACUAAAAAUUAUAAAGAAGAAAAUUUAAAAUCAAAACCUUCUGCUGAUAUUAAUAUAAAAACAGAAGUAACCAAAAAUAGUGAAUCACUAAAUCCACAAACACUUUCAUUAGAUACAACAACAAAAAUAUUUAAUGAAAAUUAUAGACAAACACUAGGAAAUAUAAAAAAUAAAGUAACAGAUUCUAAUGGAAUAUAUACUAGUGAAAAUAUUACCUACAAUGAAACUACUAAAAAAUUUGAAAACAAUGGAAGUAAUAUUAGUAAUCCAAUAGGAGUAUCUGAACAAAUUGAAAAUAAUGAAAAAUCAACUACAAUAUCAGGAUACAAAGAAGCAUCCACAUCAACAGAUGGAUCUUUGAAAUUAUCUUCAGAAAAGUAUAAUACAAUCAAAAAUAUUGAUGCAACAACAUUUACAUCUAAUAAUAACAUCAAGUACGUAGAUGUUGACAAGACAACUACAAAUAAAAUUCAGGAAAGUUCAAAAAAUAGUAACAAUUUUGUUACUACAACAAAAUAUUCUUUUGAAUCUAAGAAUCCAUUAGAUGAAAAUAAUAAAAUGUCAACAAGCAGUAGUAAAAAAAAUGGAGAGUUAGACAAUACUACAAUAAAAUCAAUUUCUGAUAGUACUUCAUCAAUUGAAAAUAAUUCUGAUUUAAAUAAAACUUUACCAUCAACAAAAUCAACAAAUAAUAUUAUUAUUGAUGAUGGUGAUGAAAAUACUUCUGUAAAUAAAGAAGAAACAAUUUACAUCAAUAAUAAUAUUCCAACAAAAUCUUCUACUGUUGUUGAUACCGGUAAACAGGUGACGCUAGAAAAUUAUAAAAAUAAAAACUUAACACAAAAUGAAAAUUUAAAUAUAACAACAGUUGAAAAUACAAAUUCUGAAAAAAAUUUAGAUAUAUUAACAUCAACUGCAUCAACUAAAUUGAAUAAUUCAAAUCCAUCAGAAUUGUCUACAGACAAAGAAUCAUCAAAUCAAAGUUCUCCAACAACAACACAAGCAGGAUUGAUAGAUCUAAAAACAACAUCAAGCAUAUCCAAAUCUACAAAUGUUUUGAAGAAUAAUACUACUGAAAAUAAUGGUUCCACACAAUCAGAAAUAACCAUGUCGACAAAAGUGGAGUCUUCUACAAGUAUUGAAAAUACUUAUAUUUCUGAUAAAAAUAGAGAAGAUUAUUUAACAACAAAUACACUCACAACACUUGACAGUGACACGUCAUUAAAAUUAUCAACAAGUACUUUUGUUUCUAAAGGAAGUAAUGAUAAAUCAUUAAAAAAUAAUGAAUCAUUUGUUACACAUCCAAGUACAAAAAAAACAGAAGAGAUAAAUACCAAUUUACCAGAUAAUUAUGAUAAUAAAAACUUUACUUCAAAAUAUUUGAAUCCUGAGUCAGAAAAAAUUGACCAAACUAACAACAUUAAUGGUACAAAUAUAAAAGAAUUUGAAACUUCUUCUAAACCACAAAAUUUAAAUAAUAUUUCUAGUACAAAACACGUUCAAGAAACCAAACAAAAUGUAUUUGAUACAACAGAAAUUCAGCUUACUGAAGCAACUUUGUCUUUUCCAACAGAUUCAACAAAAGGAUUUAACAUAAACACCAAUUAUACAAAAAAUUCAGAUGAAACAGAGAUAUCUUCAAUGUCCACAACAUCAUUUAUUACUAAAAGUAAUAAAGAAAUUGGAACAAAUGAUUAUAAAAUUAAUGAAGACCAUACAACAUCUAAAAAUAAAAAUGAUAUUAAUAAAAAUAAGGAAUCAUCUGUUGAUGGAAAUAAAUACACAAGUUACAAAACGACAAAUACAUAUGAAAAUAAUAUUUCUAAUACUAACAAGAUUGGUAGCAAACUAAGCACAUCAAAAGAAAUUAAUAAUCAAAUAACUGAAAAUUAUGUAAAUUCAGAAGUUACUAAACAACCAAAUGGAUAUAAAACAAUAAUCCCAAUAACGGAUAGUCAAACAAAUUCACAGUCAACUAAAUUAGGAGUUUUAAAUAAAGAAACUAAUAAUAAUACUACAAACAAAAAUUACCAAAUUAAAGAAACAUCUUAUUAUAUAUCAACUGAAACUAUUCCAGAUGGUUCAACAAAAAUAUCAAUCAAUGAUAAUAAAUAUUCAACAAAAAAAACUGAUGGAAACAUAAAUUCUAGCUUAGGAUCAACAACAACAGAAAAAUUAACAGAGCAAAACACAUUUGAAGGAAUAGAUAAAACUUCAAUUACUGUUAAAGGAUUUGGCAUAGAAGACAACAAAUCAGAAAGUAAAUUCACAACAACAAGAAAAAAUAAUGAAAUAUAUUUAAUAUCUGAAUUACCAUACAAAUCAUCUAAUGAAAAUACUUCAAAUCAAAAUAAAACGAAUUCUCUUGGAAGUAAAGAAAUGAAUCCUGAUGAAACGAUCAGAACAAUUACUACAACAAUUACUCAAGUUUAUUCUAAAGGAUAUUCAAAAAAAGAUAAUAUAUCUGUUACAAAUAUGAGUAAAGAAACAACAAAAGUCGACAAAAAUUCAGAGAUAAUUGAUUACAAAACAACAGAAUCCUCUCCAACAACAAAUGAUGACAUAAAGUAUUUCACAGGAGAUAAAAAUGAAAAUGUUAAGACUGAAGUAGAAUCAACAACAAGUACCAUGACAAGAAAAAAUGACAACAACAACAAACCUAUAGAUUCUACCACUAUUGGAAAAAUUAAUUUGGAAGAAGAAACAACAACAAAAAUAAAUAAUAAUUCUAAAGAAACACUAUCUACUGGAUCAUCUAAAAAUUCUAUUGACAAAGGAACCACAAAUAACUUUGGCACUGAUUCUCCAAAUGAAAAAUAUCAAAGUAGUAAUGGAAUUACCGAAAAAAUUUCAAGCACAAAUUCUCCGUUUAUUACUAAGGAAAAUAAAGAAGAAAAUAAUGAAAAUACUGUUAACACUAAAAAUCAAAAAACUGAUUCUUAUGAAAAGUCAGAAGUAACAGGACAACCAAAUAAAAAAGAAACAAAGAAUUUAACCAAGGAUAAUCAAACUAAUCUUCAAUCAACAACAACUUUAGAUUUAAAAAAAAACUUAGAGAAUAGCACUACUAUUGAGAAUAACCAAAAUACAAGAACCACAUAUACAUCAACAGAAAUCACUCCAAUAAUUACAAGUAAAACUAUACUUAAAAAUGAAAUAAAUUUUACAAGUAAAACUGAAGAAAGUACAAAUUCUGAAAAAAUGUUAACAACAGUGAAUGCAUUAGAAGGAAUAAAAACUGAAGAAAGUAAAAACUCUGAAAAGAUGUUAACAACAAUGAAUACAUCAGAAGGAAUAAAAACUGAAGAAAAUACAAUAUCUGAAAAAAUGUUAACAACAAAGAAUGUAUUAGAAGGAAAAAAAACUGAAGAAAGUACAAAUUCUGAAAAAAUGUUAACAACAGUGAAUUUAUUAGAAGGAAUAAAAACUGAAAAAAAUACAAUAUCUGAAAAAAUGUUAACAACAAUGAAUGUAUUAGAAGGAACAAAAACUAAAGAAAAUAUAAAAUCUGAAAAAAUGUUAACAACAGUAAAUACAUUAGAAAGAACAAGGAGUGAUGAAAGUAAAAAUAAAACUUUAACCACAACUGAAAAUAAUAUUUUGAUAAAUAAUAUUUCAACAGGUCAAUAUACUUCAAAUGAUGGCAAGACCACUUCACCAGAAAGACAAGAUGUAAAUUAUUAUGGAAGUACAAAAUUAAUAAGUGAAAUAAAUUCUCAAAAUACUGUUGAAAAUGAUAAAAAAAUUACUGACAGUUAUGGAAAAACAGAAGUUACAAAUUCACAAGAUAAAAAUGGAAUAAAAGAUUUAAUCACAGAAGAUCUGAUUAAUAUUAAAUCAACAAAAUCUUCUAGUGAUUUAAAUAAGGAACUAAUAAAUAAUUACGCGACUACAAAUUUCAAAAAUAGAGAAACAACUUAUGAUAAAAAAAAUGAAUCGCCCACAAUGAUUACAACGAAAAAUGAAAAUGAAAAAUAUUCUACAGAAGGUACAAAAGAUAACACAAAUUUAAAAAUAGAAUCAACAACAAUAAACAUAAAGAAAGAAAAAAAAGAUAAAGAAAAUAUGGUUAAUGUUCCAACAACGAUUGGAAAUUCUAAUUUGAAUCUAAAUAUCUCAUCAAUUAUGCCAACAAUAACUACUACGAAAAAUGUUAAAAUAAAUUCAUCAUCUGAAUUACCUAAUCAUUUAACUGGAAAAGAUAUUUCAAGUAAUGGUAAAACAAAUUCUAUUUCAACAGAAGAUUUAGAAACUACUAUAACAACAAUAUCAAUAAAUGAUAAUACAAAAAAAAUCAUUUCGCCUGGUAGCAAAACAGAAGAUUCAACCAAAAACUAUAAAGAAGAAGAUUUAAAAUCAAAACCUUUUACUGAUAUUAAUACAAAAACAGAAGUAACCAAAAAUAGUGAAUCACUAAAUCCACAAACAUUUUCAUUAGAUACAACAACAAAAAUAUUUAAUGAAAAUUAUAGACAAACACUAGGAAAUAUAAAAAAUAAAGUAACAGAUUCUAAUGGAAUAUAUACUAGUGAAAAUAUUACUUACAAUGAAACUACUAAAAAAUUUGAAAACAAUGGAAGUAAUAUUAGUAAUCUAAUAGGAGUAUCUAAACAAAAUGAAAAUAAUGAAAUAUCGACAACAUUAUCAGGGUACAAAGGAACAUCUACUCCAACAGAUGAAUCUUUGAAAUUAUCCUCAGACAAGUAUAAUACAAUCAAAAAUAUGGAUACAACAACAUUUGCAUCUAAUGAUAACACCAAGUACGUAGAUGUUGACAAGACAACUACAAAUAAAAUUCAGAAAAGUUCAAAAAAUAGUAACAAUUUUGUUACUACAACAAAAAAUUCUCUUGAAACUAAGAAUCCAUUAGAUGAAAAUAAUAAAAUAUCAACAAGCAGUAGUAAAAAAAAUGGAGAGUUAGACAAUACUACAAUAAAAUUAAUUUCUGAUAGUACUUCAUCAAUUGAAAAUAAUUCUGAUUUAAAUAAAACUUUACCAUCAACAAAAUCAACAAAUAAUAUUAUUAUUGAUGAUGGUGAUGAAAAUACUUCUGUCAAUAAAGAAGAAACAGUUUACAUAAAUAAUAAUAUUCCAACAAAAUCUUCUACUGUUGUUGAUACCGGUAAACAGGUGACUCUAAAAAAUUCUAAAAAUAAAAACUUAACACAAAAUGAAAAUUUAAAUAUAACAACAGUUGAAAAUACAAAUUCUGAAAAAAAUUUAGAUAUAUUAACAUCAACUGCAUCAACUAAAUUGCAUAAUUCAAAUCCAUCAGAAUUAUCUACAGAGAAAUCAUUUUCUAGUAAAAAUUAUAAUACAGUUUCACUUAGUAUUAAUCAAAACAUUAAUCAACCAGUAACUGAAUCAUCUACUAUUUUUGACAAUGAAAAUAUUAAAUCAGUAACAAGUAUUGACAAGUUAUAUUCAAAAAAUAUUUUAUCUUCUACAUAUAAUGAGAAAAACUAUGUUACAGAUAAAACUACCACUUCUGUCACAGAUGUCGAUUCAUCAAAUAUUCCAAUAAUUUCAACCAAAAAACCGUUUAGUAAUUCUGAAAUUAAUAAUACUUUAGAAAAUACUAAAGAUAUCAAUCAUAAAUUUUCAACUUUAUCUUCCAGAACAGAAAUGAUAAUUGAUAAAAAUGAUAAAAAUACUUAUACUACUAGUAUUAUAUCUAAUUUUACAAGAAUCACUGAUGUUCCCGAUGAUUUAACAAGUAUGAAUAAUUUAAAGACUAACGAAAAAGAAAAUUACAAUAAUUUAAAAGAUGGAAUUUCUACCACAAAAUCAACUAAUCCACUUGAAAAUGAUAAUAGUGAGAAAGAUGUAUUAAAUACAAAAAAAGAAGUUAACUACAUAGUUACUGAAUCACCAACUAAUUUGAUAAUUUCCAAUUUUACUUCAAGUACGGGAAAAUCAAAUGAAACAGGAAGUGGUCAUCAAACCGCAACAAAUACUCCAGAAAUAAAAUCAGAUAUGUAUUUGACAUCUUCUUCAACUAUUGCUAAUAAAGAAGAAAAUACAAAUAAUCAAAUUUAUAAUAAAACAGAAAUUACAAAAAGUCAAGAAUCAUCUAACAAACAGACAACUUCUUUUUCUAAUGUUUCUGAGAAUGGUUCAACCAAAAACAUACCAAAUGUAGAAUCAAAAACAAAUUUGUCAAAAGAAAGUACUCCAGUAUUUGAAAAUCUCUCAACACAUACUACUCAAUCACACAUAGAUGAUAAUAAAACAAAAAACUUUAAAACAACAAGUACGACAAAAGUUUCAAAUGAUAUUUCUUCAACACCUUCUAAUCUUCAAAAUGUUAAUAAAGUUUCAAGACCAUCAAAUGUAGAUGAACAUAAUAACAAUAAAGAAGAAAUGGACAAAAAUAAUACAUCAGAUGAUCUUUUCAAUUAUUUAACAACAUCUAAAUUUGAAAAAACUUCUAUUAAUCCAACAUCAACUGAUGCUAAAACAAGUCAAUCUUUAAUCUCAAAUACAAAUGAUGUAGAAAAGACAAUAAAAACAAAUGUUACUGAUAUGAUUAACUUAACUGUAGCAAAUACGGAAAAUAAUCUUCCUAAAAUCACAACUAUUUCUACAAAUAAUUCUUUAGAAUACAAAAAUGUUUCUUUAGUAACUCCAGAAUUAACGAUAAGUGAUAAAGGAAAUAAAACAUUCAUUAUAGAUUAUUUAACAACAGUUUCAAAAGAUACAUUUUCAACUUCUGCCGCUGUACCAAAAGAAAAAAAUUUGCCUAAUGAAUAUGAUAAUAAAAAGACAAAGUUUUAUACAGCUGUGGAUUUUAAGUCUUCAACACCAAUUUACGAGACAACUGGAACAUAUAUUCCUGAUGGAGAUAAAGAAAUUACUGAAUCUUCUAAACUAUUUACUACAAAUAAAGACAAAGCAAGUGAAAUUAAUAAUCAUAAUUCUGAAUUGUCUAGUCGAACAAAAGUAACAAAUGAAGAUAUAACUUCUACUUCAAAUAUACAUACUGCUUCUCAAGAAGAGAAGUAUAAAAGCACUGAUACUACAUUAUUAAUUAAGGAAACUUCGACAUUACCAUAUAACAAAGUUUCAAAUGGUAUUAUUAUUUUAGAUAACAACUUUACUGCAACCUCACAAAUUAAAGACACUUCUAUAAAACCGGAAAUUAGUCAAACAGAAAAAGUUAAACUUAAAAAUUUUGGAACAACAAAAUAUCCAGAAGAUAAAAUUGAUAAAUCUUCAACAGUGAUAAACUCUAAUCAAAAUUUAAAAAAUAAUGUUGAAAAUAAACAAAAUGAAUUUGAUUUUAAAGUAAAAAACAAUGAAACAUCUGUUGUUGAUGAAAAUGAUAUUAUUACGCAACUAACAUCAUCACCAAGAGAUGGAAACUUCACAUACUCUAAUGAAUACUCUCAAGAAAAAGUUACAAAACCUGAUCAACCUAAUUUUACCAAUAAGAUUGAAAUAUCUACUAUUUCUAAAUCUGAUAUACCAACAGAUUCCACGGUAUAUGAUAACAAAAGCAAUAUCUAUGAACCUACAAUAACAUCAUUAAAUGUAUUGUCUAGUCAAAAAAUAGUGACUACAGAGAUUCCAAAUGAAUUAAAUUUGAUUUCACAUAAAUAUCAUUCAACGCAAACUAAUGUAUAUUUUAAUAAUACUACUAAAAAAAGUUACGGAGAAAAUUCUACUGAAAUAAAUUCUACCAAAACAACAAAAUCUGACAUACAACAAUUAAGUUCCCCAUCUACACCUUUUUCAAUAGGUGAAAAAAAUCAAAUUCAAACAAAAUAUCAUCCGUAUAGCACCAAUGAAAAAGUAACUACAUCAUUAGAAUCAAAGAUUACAGAUAAAACUUCUAUAAUUGAUUCUAAAGAAUCAUUGAGUACAUCGGUUACAUCAAAAGACAAUAAUUCUUAUAAAUAUUCUACCACAGAAAAAGUAAAUAUUAAUUUAGAAAAUAAAUUAGAUAAUAAUUUAAAUCAAAAUGAACAAAAAGGUAGUAAAAACUUUUUAAUCACAACUAAAGAAAAUACAAUGGAUCAAUUAACAACUGUUGUUAACAAAAACUUAAAUUCACAAUAUACGGAAAAUAUUUCUAGACAUGAAGAUAUUUUAACAACUAUAUCAUAUUCUCCAAUUUUAAAUAAAACUAAUUCAACUUCUCAUUUUGGUAACUAUUCCACUAAAGAUGUACAAACAACAUCUAGUAAAGAAAUUUCAGAGAAUAAAAAUAUCACAAAUUUGAAUAAUUCUAAUUUACAAACAACAGAAUCAACUAAUAAUGUUGAUUUGAAUACGACUGAAACAACUCCAGGAAACAAAAGUACAUAUUCUCAAACAAAUAUUCAAGAAGAAUUAACUAACAAUUCGAAGAACAUUUUUAACAAUGUAAAAUCUACAAAAGAUUUAAAUAAACAAUCUUCAACAAAUUUUCCAGAUCAUGUAUUAUCUAAUACAAAUAAGGAAGAUCAACAAUUAAAAAAUAGUACUACUGUUUCUACAGUAGAAGCUAUAACAAUACCAAAUAAAGAAAUAAUAAAUUUAACAAAUAAUGGUUUUACAAAAAAUUUAAAUAAAAAUGCUACUAUAUUUAAAAAUGGAGAAGAUACUGAAAAUCAAACUUUAGAAUAUAAAUCAAAUGAAAAGACAACAACAACUCAAUUUACUUUAACUGAUAAUUUUGUAUCUGAAAGUAAUAAAGAAAUUACACAACAUCCUAAUAUUCCAUUUAACGAAAAAAUCAAAAACUUUACUGAUUCUAAAAAAGUAGAUGAUUUUACAAAUUCUAAAACAGAAAUUUCAAUCACUACCCCAUUUAAUACAAUAACAGAUAUAAACACAUCAAAAUUAAUUUACUCUAAUGCCGAAAACAAAUUACAAUCAACAACUUUAAGUAUUGAAGCAACGAAAAAAUAUAUUUCUACACAAAAUACAGAUUCAUAUACAAAAAUUCCAAAUGAAAGCAUAACUUUAACAAAUUCACCAACUUUUAAUAAUACUUCAAACUCUAUAUCAUUAACAAAAACUACUUUGACAUCAAUAGAAAACAAUAAAAAUCCUUUAUCACCUAAUAAAAAUCAGCAAUCAAAACUAGAAAAUAAUAUUUCUUCUCUUCAACCCAAAAAUAAUCAAGAAGAAGAUAUUAAAGUUAAGAACAACAAUUAUUUUAAAUCAACAAAAUUAUGGACAAAUAAUCCACAUAAUGAAAUGACUACUAAUGAAGAAGGAAAAAGUAAUACAGAUGAAAAAUAUAUAACAUCUCAUCAAACUUUCACAAAUGAACCACAACUUAUUGAACAGAAAACAACUAUGUCUGAAAAGCCUUCAAAUUCAACAAAUAAUGGAACAUCAGAAUUACCAACAAAAUUAUAUGAACAGGAAAAAGACAAAAACUUUAUAAAAAAUGUAACUACAUCAUACAAUGAGAUUAAUAAUGAAUCAUUUAAAAAUACUUCAUCAAUUUUUCCACCAACGAGCACACCACAAAAUUUGAAUUCAUUGACAACAAGUUAUGAAAAAACAGAGCAAGAUCAGCAUGGUACAACAAUAUCGGAAAAAGCUGUUACUGAUAAAUCAUUAAAAAUAAAUAUGAGUACAUUACCAUCACAAUCGGAUAUAAAAAAUACCAAGUCAUCUCAAAAAUCUAACAUAGAAACUUCUACAUAUUCAAACAUUAAAAAUACGUUAGUAGAUAAAACUGGAGAUGAUAAAACAACAACCGAGGGAGAAAAUUAUAAAGAAUCAUUAAAAAAUAUGUCCAUCUCAUAUACAGAUUCUACAAAAAAUACAAAAAAUAAUGAAGAAAAUAUUUCAAAAGAAGUAACUGAAAGUGGUCUUUUAACAAAAGAAUUAACCACAACUUACUCAAAAAAUAAUAUACCUAUAUUAAUUAAUAAUAGCAGUAUAGAUAAUAAAAAUCCAUUAACAGAAUCACCAAUAAAUGGUAAAGAUGGAAAUAAUUUAUCCUCAAAAGUUACAAUAAAUAUAGAAAUCCCUGAUGAACAAUUUUCAUCAAAAACAAAUUCUAUUGAUACAAGUGAAGAAUCAUUAAAUAAGACGAUAACAUUAUCAACAAUUUCUAAAGACGGCUUUUAUACAAAAAUAAAUGGUUUAAUAGAUCAGACAACAUUAGCAUCGAAUAAUCUCAAGAAUUAUACAAGAACCAGUUCAAAAGAUAAAAUAUCAGAUUCGAGUCAAACAUUACCAAAAAAUGUUGAAGAUAAAAGUAAUAUUAAAAAUUUAAGCACAAAAGAUAAUUAUUCAAAAGAAAAUAUUAAAAAUACAUUAACGUUAGUAACCAUUGAUUCAACAACUUCAAGUGAUUUAUCAUCUUCUUCAAAAAAUUAUGAAAGUACAACCCCGCAUGAAAAAAAUCAUAAUACAGAAGAAACACCUUUUACUUCCAAUAAUGCUACUUUUGAAAAUUUAAAAAAUAACAAUUCAACAAAUAAAAUUGACUACGAAACUACUGCUCCUUACAAUAAAUUUGUAGAAGAUAAAAAAAAUACAAACAAUAACACUCUAGGUUCUACAAUACUGGAAAAAACACAAACGUCAACACCAAAAGAUGAAUCAAUUAGUAUUGGAGAUUACAAAGUAUCAAGACAUAACACAAUGUAUGGAACAACAGAAAAAAAUCAACUUGAUAAGCUUUUAUCAACUAAAAAUUUACCUGAAAUGCACAAUGAAACUACUGAUAAAAUUGAUUAUCAUCAAUUAGGUUUAUCAAGUUCAACAAUAUCAAUUGACAAUAAUGAAUUUACUGAAUUUUCGGUUCCAACUAAACUAAUAGAGAAUAAUGAUUUACAUACUAAAGAUCAAUAUAACUCCAAUAAUGCAAUUACAGAAUUAACAGAAAAAAUUACAUCUCCUUCUUAUUUAACUUCAGAAUCUAAAAAUCUUAAUUAUAAUGAAAAAGUUUCUGAAAAAUUGAUAUUUGGAAAAUCAACUACAGAAUUACCAAUAACUUUAUUUACUAAAUCUGAUUUUAUUACUACAAAAAAGGAUACUUUUAGCACUGAUCAAAGUUUAUCAAAUAAUGAAAACUUUUCCCAUGAAACAUUUACUACUAAAAAAGAUAGCCAUGAUAAAGACAGUAAUACAUUAAAUAACAAUCAUUUUCCUACAAAAUCUCAGAAUUCUACCAAAACCAUAACUUUAGUUGACUCACUUUCUUCAGAUAAAACUUCAACAAACUUUCCAAAAACAAGUGAUAAUGUUAUUAAUAAUUCACAAUCGGUCUCUUUUAAAAAUACAGCAACUACUAAAUUAAUGAUGGUCACGGAAGAAUUGAAAACUGAUGAAUUAUCUAAAAAUAAAACUGAUAAAAAUGAAAACUUGGCAACAUUACCUCAAGAAAGUUUUGAAACAACUCCUCAGUCUGAAAAAGUAUCAAAUACAUUUACAGAUGACAAUAAUAUAAGCCAUAAUUUACCUAAUAAUUUCAAAACUUCUUUGACUCCUGAAAAAUUAAAAUCUUCUACACAAAAAUAUUUUGAAUCUACUGUAGUUUCAAUGUCAAAAACAAAUAGUAACUCAAAAUCUACAAUAAAGACCGAAAAUACAGAUUUAUUAACUAAAUAUCCAAAUGAGUAUGGUGAUAGUUCAACAACAAUAAUAAAUAUAAACAAACAAACAAAUUUAAAAGGAGAAGUUCAUACAAAGUCAUCCACAGUUUCUAUACCAUAUGAAAAAAAUAAUAAUUUAGGUACAAAUAAAUUUAAUAGUACAGAUUUUAUUAAUGAAUUAAAUAAUAUUUUAACUACAUUAGAUUAUUCAAAAUCAACUGUAUCUAUUCCAGAAAAUGAAAGUUCUGAAGAAGUAUCCAACGAGAAAACUAAUGUAAAAACACCCUCAGGAAAUAAUAUGUCAUACACAAAAUCCACUGAAAAUAAUCAUACAAGUAAUAUUAAUUAUAAAGAAUAUUCUAUACCAUAUACCACUAAAAAAAGUAAACUUAUUGAAGAACUUCGUAAAAUGGUUAACAAAUAUGAUAGAGAGAAUACGAAUAAUACUAAGUCAAAUGAUAAAGGUAAUCACAACACACCAAACUUUAUUCCUGAAAGUGAAACAUCAUCCGAAGAAUUGAGUGGCUCAAAAGAUAAAAAUGUUAUAGACAAAAUCAUUUAUAAUAAAAAUACUAAUAACCAACUAAUACCUGAUGAUGAUGAGAUCAUAGAAGAGCUAAAUCAAUUACUAUUAAAAUAUAAUAUUACUGUAAUUUCAAAACCAUUAAUACCAAAGAAGAAUAAGUUUAAUAACAUUCCUAAUCAUAAUAUACCAUCAGAAAAAAGUUAUACAGAUACAAGUGUCACUGAAAGUAAUGUUUCUAAAGAUAAAUCUACAUUACCGUCAAAAAAUAAAGUAGAUCAUAGUAAUUUUACCACUAAACCUACAAUUGAAGAUAUAGAAAUUUUAGUAAAUGAAAUAUCUGGAAUUAUUAAGAAAUAUGAGACAAAAAGUACUGAUAAUAAUAAGCAAGAAUUAGUUACAAAAACAACUACCAAUGAAAAUGAUUUAUUAAAUACAAGUGAAGUAAAUAUUACAAAUAAAAAUACAACACAAAAUGUUUUUACUAAAUCACCGGUUAAAGUUAAUGAUAAUAAUUUAUUUACAACUUUAAUAUCAACAAACACAGAAAUUACAUUACCAGACAAUGAAAAUAAACAUACAAAAAAUGAAUUAACAACUUCAUUACCAGUGGAUUUGAUUUCUAGUAAAAAAUUGAAUGAAGCAAACUUACCAGGAAAUACAAAGUCAUAUUCUACAAGUAUACUUUCAGAAAAAUCUACUGUUCUCCCAACGACUAAAAAUAAUAUAGAAAAAAGUCUCAAAGAAAACUUUACAAACAAUGGAAAAAAGAUAACAGAUGAUAUUAAUCUAAAAAGUACAACAACUAACUUUGCUACAAUUAAGGAUCACUUAAUUACUAAGAGUAUUUCAUCUCUUGAAUCAACAUUACCAAAUAAAAAUUAUACUAUUGAACAUAAAAUAUCAACCAUUAAAAAUGAACAACAGUAUGAAACGAAAAUCCCUAAGGUUAAUAUUGAAAAUAUUUCAGAGAAAUAUUUACCUUUUUCAACUUCUAAAAAAUAUACUAAUAAUAUGAUGACUGAAAAAAAUAAUAAGAUAACAACCAAUGAUCAAAUAGUAUCAACAAAAAUUCUAGAUAUAAAUGAUUUAAUGACCACAAAUAGAAAGGUAAUAUCUACAAGUUUGUCACCAGAUGAAAAAAAUACAAAAUCAACAUUAGAAAAUUCUUUUACUUCAACUUCACUAACAUCAUUAUUUAAUAAAACUGAAUCUUUAGAAAAAACUAAAACAAAUGUAGAAAAAGAUCGCAUAAAUACUACAGAAAAUAAAUAUACUUAUGGUCAAACUAUUUUACCAAACUUUAACGAAAGCACAAAAAUUGACAGUAACUCUAAACUUCCAACUACUUUAGAAAAUAUACAAAAAAGCACUAUUUCCACAAUAACAGUAAACGGUUAUACAGAUUCACCGACAGUAGAAAAUGAUAAAACAACAUUACAUGAACAAAACUACAGCAAUAAAAUUGAUAAAGAUAAAAUAAAUACGGAUUUAAAAAAUUCCUUAACCACAGAGUCUACAAAACAAAAUUUGACCAAAAUCCCAAAUAAGUUUGAUGAAGAACAUUCCACAACAGACAGAAUAUCAUCUAUUAAAUACUCUGAUAAAAAUUCAACAAUUUCUUAUAAAAAUGAAUCAAAUGAAAAUCAAACAAAUACUGUUAUUUCUAACCAAGAUAAAGUACAGAAAACACUUCUAACGACAACAUUAUCAUCUGAUGAAAAAUAUAUAACUCCAAAUAAUGAAUUGUCAAGUGUCACAGAGCCAUCUGUAGAUAAAUUUACCAAAAUAAAUAAUAAACCAUAUUUAUCAACUGUGUCUAAUAUGGGUAAUGAUAAAAAUAGCCAUAACAUAUCUACAUUAAAAACAACACAAAUAACAAAUCCAAAAUAUCAAUCACUUUCAGAUUUAAAAAAAGAAAAUUUGAGUACAAUUUCUACAAUUAAUUUUAACACGAAUAAUUAUAUACCGGAGGAAAAUUUAAAUAAAAAUAUAAGUACUACUUCAAAGCAACCAUUAUCAACGGAUCAAUUUAGUAGGGAAAAUUUAACAACCAGUGAUAAAAAAGAAUCCACAAAUGAUAAUUUAGACAAAUAUAGUACUGUAUCUAUUAAUGAAGUCACUAAAUUAUCCACAGUUAACAGUAAAACUGGUAUAUUUUAUGAAACAACACCUCUUUCAAUCAACAAUCCGGAUAGUUCAAAUCAAACUUUAGAAAAUUCAGUAACUGAUAAUCAAUCUCAUGAAGUUACAAGUGAUUCUUCAACCAUCAAAUAUACAAUAUCCGAAACAGAUAAAAUAACAACAGAAAAUGGAAAUUUGGAUAUAACAAAACAUACCAGUUUAUCUAAAAAUCCAACAAAUAACAAUGAUAAAACUUCACAAGUAAUUGGAAAACUAGGCAACGAAAAAAAUAAAGUUACUACAUCAAUUUUACCAGAUAGUACAAUAAACAAGAUUGGUAAUUCAGAAAGUUCAACAAUUAUUCAAAAUUCUACACCUAAAAAUUUUAUAUAUACCGAAAAUACCAAUUUAAUUAUUAAUGAAGGAAAAAGUACUACAAACAAAUAUGAUAAUGACAAAGAGAAAACAAAUUCUAACAAUAAUAUACAUAUAACUAAGGAAAAUAAAAAAAAUACAUUUACAACUAAUUUAUAUACAUUUAAAAUAGAUAGUAAUUCAAAUUAUUAUACUGUUAAUCCAACAAUAACUACAUCUAGUGAAUCUAAUUCUAGAAAAAUUAAUGAAAUAGAGAUAACAAACAAACCUGAUCAUGUAAAUUUUGUUUCAACAAAAUUAGACAAAACAACCAUAAAAUCUGAAAAUCCAUCAGCUGAGAAUAAUAACACAAAUAAUGGAAAGAUUCAAACAAAAAUAGGUGAUUUCCAAACAACAGUAUCACCAAGCUCAUUGAUAACAUCUCAACCUGAGUCAGGUACAAACCUCUUUGUAACAGUUGACAAUGAAAAACAAAACAAGUCACUAGAAGACAUAAAUAAAACUGUUGUCACAAUUUCUCCCUAUAUUACAACUGUUCUUCCAAAAUUAGAUUCUACAAAUAAAUUGAGUACAGAAAAAGAUAUGCAAUCUACAUCAACAAAGUCUAUAUUGACAUCUAAAUCAUUGGAAGUAUUAAUAUCUGAUAACUCAACAACAAAAUAUAAUAAAGAAAUUGAAGAUAUCAAAAAUUCUAAACAAGAAAUUAACAUAAAAAAUGAUAAAAGUACAAAUCUUUUUAAUAAUUCUCAAAAAUCAACUAGUUAUUUUGAAGAAAAGGGUGUUACCACAAAUUACAAUACAACAAAUAAUAUUAAUGUUACAGAAUAUAUUGUUACUACUCCAAAAACUAAUGAUAUUUUCAAUAAUGAAACUCAAAUAUAUAUAACUUUUAACAACAGUUCUAAUAUUAACAAUACUAAUAUGCCAAAUGAUAAAUAUAUGACUACACAGUCAAUGAAGCAAACUGAUCAAAGUAAUACAAAAAAUGAUAUUAUAAAAACUACAACAACAAUGAAAAAUUUAAAUAUUACAGUAACAAAUGCAAAAUAUGAAUUAAAUACAAACCAUGUCAAUUCUAAGGAAAGAAGUGAAGUAACUGUAUCUAUAGGAAAUGAAGUUAUAGUUGAAUCAACCAAGUAUCCAAAUGAAUAUUCACAUGUAUCCAGUACACCAUCUCAAUUAAAUGAAAAUACACAAAAUUAUGAUAUAAAAACAUUAAACUACCAUAAUAAUACGAAUCCAGAAAAUAAUAAAACUAACAGUAUUCAAUACAGUACCACAAUGAAAUCUUCUAUAAAUAAUAAUGAAGUUAGUACAACUAUAAAUAACCAACAGCAAUAUUCCAAUAAGAAAUUUUCAGAUAAUGGCUUUGAUAAGAACUCGAAAAAUACAGAAGAAACUACACUUAAAUUUACAACCAAUUAUGGAAACUAUGUAUCCAAACAAAUUGACAUAAACAAUUUUAAUGAAAAAGUAAUUUCAAAGACAACAGAAAAAUUAUCUAAUGAUCAUACAACAAUUUCAAGUAAUAAUAAUAAAAAUAUAUCAUCCACUAACAUGAACAAUGGAGAAAAAUCUGGAGAAGUAAUUUCAUCAAUCGGAAAUAAAGAAUAUGAAAUAAAUAAAUUAAAAAAUGAGAAUACAGUCUCAACAAAAUUAUUUAAAUAUAAUAGUAUCCCAGUUUCUGAUAUAACAGAAUCCACAAAUUUAUAUACAGGUACAAAUAAAACACCAUUAAUUGAAGACAACAAAAUAAUUAUUGAAUAUAAUAAUACAAAAAAACCAGAUGAAAUUAAUAAAGAAAAUUUUAAUGAAAAUAUUUCUAAGUCAAUCACAGCAACAACAGAAACAUAUAUUUUACCAAACUUGUCAAGAUCAACAAUAAAAACAUCAGAUGAAAUUGGUGAAACAAAUUUACCUUCAAAAAUCACGAUUGACGAUAAAUCAAGAAAUGAUAAUUUACAAAAUUGCACAGAAAUGAAUGCAAAUGAAAAUAGUUUGAUGAGAGAUUCAAAGAAUAAAGAUUACUCACAAGCUAAUUUUAAUAUUAUUAAUCCUUGUAAUAAGGCAUACAUUAAACAAAAUAAUUCAUUUGUUAACAUAACAACUAAAUUGAAUAAUCCUGAAAAAUCUCAUCCAACAUUAAUACCUCAAUCAACAAAGAAUAGUGGUACUUUAACACCUCAGGUUAUUUCUAAGACGCCAUCUGACUACAAUAAAACUGGUGAUAUCUUAUCUACAAAAGAGCCAGAAAUUGAAAUUCACCAAAAUUCAAAUUACCUAAAUUAUACUGAUGUCACAACUCAGUCUAAUAAUAUGCCUGAUAAAAAUUUGAAUAUUAAAAAUAAUACUUUUAUUAAUAAAAUAAAUGGAACAAAUGAAGUAAUAAUUUCAAAGGAAAAAAAUUAUAAUAAACCGUGUGAUGAUUUGCUAAUAAAUUCUAACAUAUCCGAAGUAAAAAAUAAUGGUACAUUAUUAAAAAAAGUUGUUAUUGAUGAUUCAACUGAACAAUUAGAUAAUGUUAAAGAUAAAUUAAAAGAAUCAAAUUUAACUACAACCACAAAAAGUACUUUAUCUAGUAUUCAUUUACCUGAUACUUCAAUGAAAACUUUAAACAUUACUAGUAAUAUUUACGAAAAUGGAAAGACAUCUAAAAAUAAUUUAGGUACAACUGAUAUAAUGUCAACUAUUUUUGAAAAGAUAAAUAGUACAACAAUUAAAUCAUUUAUAUCUAAUAAGAUAUCAAGCAAUAGUAUUACAACACCAUACAUUGAUGAUGUUUCUACUUCCAGUCCUAUUCAAAUCAAUGACAAAUUAAAUUCUUUAAAUGAUACAAUUUCAAAAACAAAUAAAAAUAAUAUUAUAACACAUAAUACUAAUUUCAAUAAUAGUGAUAUAAAAGAACCUAAACAUUUUGAUGGAAAUAUUACUAAUAAUGAAAACAAUAAUUUACAUUAUAAUUUAUCUGAAAAAGACUUACAAAAAAUAGAUUUACCAAUUGUAUCAAAUGGAGAUAUUAAUGAUUUAACAGCCAAAAAUGGUUAUUAUCUUAAAAUUAAUGGAACCACAAAAUUUGUUUCAAGAUAUUGGGUAUCUGUUACAACACCAACAAUUAAAACUAAACCAAAUGAGAAAACAAGUGAUGUACCAUCUGAUAAGAUUUACAAAACUAAUACUACAACUAAUGAUUAUGAACAAAAUGCCACUUUACCAAAUUCUACAGAUCCAACAAAACUUUACAAAGAAAAUGUCACCAAAAAUAUAUUAAAAGGAAACAAUGAAAUUUCAAAUAUAUCAUCAAUAAUAAAUAUUUAUAAAAAAAUAAUUAUUGACCUGGAAACAAAUACAACAACUGAAAGACAAGAAAAACUUCAAAAAUUAUGUAAUUGUACAUUAUCUUCAGAUAUGGAAAAAGAAUUAAUGAAACAUAUUCAAGAUCAAAAUUCAUUAAUUAAAAAAAUUCAAAAUUUAGAUUUAAACAAAGAAAAUUCUAAAAAUCAAAAUUACCUUCCACUUCUAUUAAAAGAAUAUCAAAAUAAUUUUAAAAAAUUAUUUGACUUACAAGAUGAAAAUAACAAAAAUCCACCCGCUAUUAACAUAAAUUUAAUUCUUCCGGAAAAAAAUUCUUUAUCAAUUACUGAAACAUUAUCUAAUUUGUUUCCUUCAAUUAAUGGAUUAUUUCAAAAUUUUAGGCAAACAGUUUAUAAAAAAGGAAAUAUUUUAAAAAAUACCACACCAGAUAAAUAUUCAUGUAAUUAUUUAAAAAAAUGUAAUUCUACUUUAGAAAUUUGUAAUUCAUUAUCACAAAAAUGUGAAUGUAUUAAUGGUUUUAAGCGUGAUAAUAUAACAGAAGAGUGUAUUGAUGUUAAUGAAUGCUUUGAUUUUCCAAAUAAUGUCUGCCAAUUUCCUAAUGUUCAUUGUGAAAAUGUAAUUGGAACAUAUCAUUGUCGUUGUAAUUAUGGUUACAUUGGAGAUGGAAUUGUAUGUACAAAGAUAGGUGAUAAUAAUUUUACAAAAAUAAUUAAUGAAAAUUUAUUUAAUACAAAUUAUACAUCUAUGUCAAAUGAAAAAGAUACUUUAUUAGAAAAUAUUAAUAGAAUAGAUAAAUAUAAUUGUCCAAAAGGUUAUAUAAAAACAGGAAUAACAAAUAAAUGUGAAGAUAUUGAUGAAUGUAAAAUUUAUGAAAAUAGAAUUUGUACAUAUCCAAAUUCAGAGUGCCAAAAUAUUCCUGGAUCAUAUGUUUGUGUUUGUAAAUUUGGUUAUAUUGGUGAUGGUAUCAAUUGUAUUCCAUCUAAUAUAAUUAAUAUAUUGAAUAAUACAUUACAACAUAAUAAUAUUACUGAAAAAAAUAACUUUAAUGAAACCAUUAAUAAUCAAGUAAAAAAAAUAAAUGAUAACAAAUGUUUUGAUUCAAGUAUAAAUAACUGUAAUAAAAUAACUGAAAUAUGUAUUAAUGAUUGUGAAGAAAUAAAAUGUAUAUGUAAGAAAGGAUUUAUACGUAUAAAUGGUAUAUGUAGUCGUCCCCCUCAAUUACCAAAAUUAAAAAGUAUAUGUAAUAAAGAAAAUAUAACAAUGUAUAUUCCUUAUUAUCAAUUACCAACAAAAGGAUAUAUUUUUGUUAAAGGAAUGGCUAAUAAACAAGAAUGUAGUAAAUAUUAUGAUACUUAUAAUAAAAAAAUUGAACAUUCUAAUAUUGAAAAAGAACUUUAUUUACAAUUUUCAUUUUCUUUAACAGAUUGUAUUAUUAUAUCAAAUGAUGUAAAUAAUACAAAAAAUAGUGAACUAAUAAAAUCACUUGGUUUUGUUACAGUUCAUGAUUAUAACAUUUCAAAAGAUUAUAAAAAAACAAGAUUUGAAAUCAAUUGUACAAGCAAAAUAUUAUAA